AUGUCCCACAGGAAAAUACAUCUGGUGCUGUCUCUGGUCCUCGUCCUCUGUGGCCUUUUUAAUAGCAUCUUCUGUGAAAAGCAACAAGACUCCCAACAGAAUAUCAACCUAGUCUUAUUAAAGAAAAUUCCAUCUCUCUCCCAGAAGAUGGAAGCUGGCUAUAAGGCGUUGGCGCAAGAAUUGUUCAGGGCUUUGAUAAUUGAGGAUCCCAGAAAGAAUAUCAUCUUCUCCCCUGUGGCCAUCUCCAUCGCCCUGGCCACCGUCUCCCUGGGGAUCAAAUCCACAACGCGCACCAACCUCAUUGAGGGCCUGGGACUUGACCUCAGAAAAAUCCAAGUGCUGGGCAAGGACCGGCAUCUUAUCCAGACGUGGCAAGAGCUAGUGAAGCAAGAACAACUGAAGCACAAGGACAUUCUCUUUGUCGAUGACAACAGGAAGAUCAACCAGAUGUUUCUGCAGGAGAUAGACAGAGUACAUGAAGUGGACAUCCAGAAGAUUGACUUUAAAGAUACAGAAAAAGCCAAGAAGGCCAUCAACCACUAUGUGGCUGAAAAGAUACAUAAGAAAAUCAAAGACUUAAUCACCCAACUGGACCCUCAGACUGUCCUAUGUCUUGUCAACUAUGUGUUCUUCAAAGGCAUUUGGGAAAGAGCUUUUCAGACCAACCUCACGCAGAAAGAGGACUUCUUUGUGAAUGAAGACACCAAAGUGCAGGUGGACAUGAUGAGGAAGACAGAACGGAUGAUUUACAGCCACUCAGAGGAGCUGCUAGCUACCAUGGUUAAGAUGCCUUGCAAAGGAAAUGUGUCUGUCAGUCUCGUGCUCCCAGAUGCAGGAAAAUUCCACGUUGCUCUAAAGGAGAUAACUGCUAAGCGAGCUAGACUUCAGAAAGCCAGUGACUUCAGAUUGGUGCACUUAGUUUUGCCCAAGUUCAAGAUCUCCUCCAAGAUCAACUUAAAACAUCUGCUUCCCAAGAUUGACAUCAAAGAUACACCUACUGCAACAGCGGCCACCCAGGGCAUCACAAAGAAGGCUUCUCUACCUAUUGUGGAGGCCGUGCAUCAAGCUGAGAUAGAGGUGAGCGAGCAUGGCUUAAUCAAGGAUGCAGCCAAGGAUGCCAAGGACACCAAGGACGCCAAGGAUGCCAAGGACGCCAAGGACGCCAAGGACGCCAAGGACGCGGACGUGUGGAAGGUCCCCGUGGACAAGAAGGAGGACCCUGUGGUCGUGAAGUUCAAUAGACCCUUCUUGCUGUUUGUGGAGGAUCAGAUGACUCAAAGAGACCUCUUUGUGGGCAAAGUCUUAAACCCCAAAACUGAGUAG